CAGUGGUGAGGCUGGAGGAAUGGCUGGCAACAGCAGCCCAACCUCUCUUGAUGACGUGGCCAAGUAAAAGCCACACAAUACGAGUAGAAGUGGUUUUGGAGGUCUCCAAAUAAUUUGGUCGUCGUAGUAAGAAACUACAUUUUAUGUUGCUAAGCAGCCAAUCAGAAAUACUGCAACAAAUUAAUCAUAAUCCAUAUAAUUAAAGAAAAUGGCGGAUCCGAAAGAAAUUACCAACAAAAAGCUUCAAGGCAAGGUCGCGAUCGUCACCGGCGGCGCCAGCGGCAUUGGCGAAGGCACCGCGCGCAAAUUCGCCUUGCACGGGGUGCGCGCCGUCGUGAUUGCGGACGUCCAGGACGAGAAAGGCCAAAACGUCGCCGCAUCGAUCGGUUCCGACCGCUCCAUCUACAUCCAUUGCGACGUGACCGACGAGGACCAGGUCAAGAGCUUGAUCGAAUCGACGGUCAGGAUUUACGGCCGCCUCGACAUCAUGUUCAGCAACGCUGGCGUCGGCAGCGCAGGCGAGCAGACCGUUUUGGAGCUGGACCUGGCCAUGUACGACAGGGUCAUGGCGGUCAACGCCCGCGGAAUGGCGGCGAGUGUGAAGCACGCGGCGAGGGCGAUGGUGGAGGGGCGCGUGAGGGGGAGCAUCGUGUGCACGGCGAGCGUGACGGCGAGCGUGGGGUCGGCGAAGUUCGCGGACUACACAAUGUCGAAGCACGCCGUUUUGGGGCUGAUGAGGUCGGCGAGUGUGCAGUUGAGCGCGUACGGGAUACGCGUCAACUGCGUGUCCCCGGGGAGCGUGACGACGCCGCUGCUGCGGUCGAGUUUUAAGGCGGGUGCGGUGGCGGAGGAGGAGGAUGUGGGGAGGUUGGUGGAGUCAAGUUUGAGGUUGAAAAUAGGGAAGACGAUCUCUGUGGAGAAUAUAGCCGACGGCGUCGUCUUUUUGGCUUCUGACGACUCUGAAUUUGUCACCGGGCAUAAUUUGGUUGUGGAUGGUGGGUUUAUCAGCAGGCUAACCUGAAGAUUACAGAUAGUUUUUUUAUUUCUUUCUCAAGUGACAAAUGAAAGAUCCCAAGGGAUAUAACAUUGAAAGUAGUCAAGAUCCGAAAGUUGCAGAUUCCUCAUGGCGGAAUUAUGAUGACUUCAAUGAAUGGUUUUGUUUUGGUUUGUCUUUCUUUUGAUGGAGUAAUGGUAUGAUCAUUCUGUUUGUCAGGUGACGCUUCUUUUGCAAUUUGUAGGUCACCUACUUGUUUUGUUUAAUCAACCUUUCUGAACGCUUGAACAUAUGCUUGACUUCCUAUUGCCCAUCUUUGGGGCUUACACCACAGCCAGAGGCAUCUAGACUUGUAAUUAGAUUUUUUUUUUCUUCUCUUUUUGGCUUAGC